UGCAGCCACCGUGGGAAUGUAGUUUUUAACAGUGACAACGCCGAAUAGGUGUUGUUUAUAUAGUCAAAUAUUUUUGAACGAACAAUGUAUUGGAAGUGUCAUUUGGUUCGGUCGAGAUCUAGGUCACCGGUUAUUUCAUACGUCUGAUAUUAUGGACAUAUUUGGGCGUUUUGUUGUGAAUUUGCUCUUCCGGGGUGCAAGCCAGUCAGCUAGAUAGUUAGCUAAAUUACUCAACUAGUGUCACUUCAGGGAAAUGUGUUUCUUGUGACACAACGGAAACAUAAUUUCACAGUGGUUCACACCUCCAAGAGUUGGUCCUUUAUUGUCGUGUUAAUCGAAGACCCGUCUUAUACAGGAUUUCUCCGGAAUUUGGCCUGCUUUCGAAGAGUCGUGAUGCUGAACGUCCCAUCCCAGUCGUUCCCUGCAGCCAGCUCUCAGCAGCGUGUUGCUCCGGCCGGUCAGUCCGGCAGGAACAAGGUAGCAUUGAAGCCUGGCCACAGUCUGAUGGACUGGAUCCAUGUGGCUAAGAGUGGCCGGGACCUGACAGGGCUGAGAGGCAGACUUAUAGACGUCACGGAGGAGGAGCUGCAAAAACACAACACACGUGAUGACUGCUGGACCUGCAUACGAGGCAUGGUUUAUAAUGUGAGCCCCUACAUGGAUUUCCACCCUGGAGGAGAAGAGGAACUGAUGAAGGCAGCUGGGAAAGACGGAACAGACCUUUUUGACCAGGUCCACCGGUGGGUGAACUAUGAGUCCAUGUUAAAGGAGUGUAUGGUAGGGAGGAUGGCUGUGAAGGCCAGCACUGCUCUCAAAGCUCAGUCUGUGAUAAAGGACAGCAUCACUCAUUUAAAUGGUCUAGCCCCCCCUCCUCCGCCCACCUCCAUGCUCCCUCCUGCUUUCCUCACCCCUCCCUCACCCUCCUCAUCACUGCAACCCUCAGCCGCCCYGCCACCAACCCAACCCAAAGACGCYCGGCCCAGGUAUGACUGGUUUCAAACUGAUGUCACAGUCAAUAUUGUGGUUUACACCAAACGGAAGCUCCCCAGCUCUGGCUGUACCAUAGUUGACCUGCAAGAUGGUGUUCUACGGGUGGAAGUUCUUCUGGGGAAAAUGUCCUACAUACUGCGUCAAUGUCUAGCCCAAGAAGUAGAUGGAAGCGUUGCUGUCCACACAGCGUGUGCUGUGGGGAAGAUUCAAGUCAGCAUGCGUAAAGCGGCCAAAGGAAAGUGGGAGGAGCUUGGUGAACCACUGGAAUUCCAUGAUUCUCUUUUCAGGAAGAAAGAUCGAGCGAUCUUCUACAGAGAGUGUAUGUUAGUUUCUAAGACGGAGGUCACACACGACACCUGGGUGUUCCGGUUACAACUCCCUCUAGGGACGCUCAUGCACGUGCCGGUUGGGAAACACAUCUACCUCAAGUCCCUCAUCCAAGACAGUGAGGUGGUGAAGCCCUACACGCCAGUCGAGGAAACACUGGUACCAGCUACACUGGACUCCACACAAGGGACUGCAGCCACUGACAUCUUCCUCAUGAUCAAAGUCUACCCAGAUGGAGUGUUGACUCSACACCUAAACAACCUCAACAUCGGAAAACCAAGCUGAUGUUCUUCAACAGACAGGAAAGAGACAUCCUGUGGCACUCUGAACUUGACGGCCUCGCAGCUGAAGAUGAGAGGUUCCAGGUGGAGUAUAUUCUGUCCGAGCCGUGUGAUGGGUGGACAGGCAGGAAGGGGCGGGUUGAGGCCUCCAUGCURACUGACUUCCUGGUUAGGCCUGAGGGGUCAAAGGUCUUUGUGUGUGUGUGUGGCCCCUCAGCCUUCACCGAGCUGACUGUGGGGUUGGUGAGACAGCAUUGUUUCAGUGAAGAGGAGAUUCAUGUGUUCCAGGGCUGAGUGUCAGUCUCAGACCUGACAUAUCUCAACCUUACAGCCUGAGGUGCCAAUGGGACAUUGAGAGAACAACGUGUGUGUGUGAGAGAGAAGUGUGUGUGUUUGAGAGAAAGGAGACACAAUUUGUGAGAGAGUGUGGGAGAGAAGAGAUGUUAUUAGGCUGCCGGCCAAUGUGUUUUUUGGAACAAUGUCUUUCUAUGCACUGAUAGAUCUGACUCCUGUGGUUAGCAGCUCUGUCUCUCUAUUUCUGUGUGUUUCUGUCUCACGCUCUCUGGUGCUUUGAAACAYGGAUGGACAGUCAUUCUCUCUGGACGCCUAGGACGUGACCGCUGGGCUCUCUGAGCUGGUGAAUCACACACAACGGAUGAAUUGCCAAUUACCCAGCAGCACUGAACCCUCAGGUCAACAUCAUCAGCUCACUGUCUGUCUCUCUCUGUAACAGAACUCUUUGAACACACACACACAGAGAGAGAGCGAGAGAGAGAGCGAGAGAGAGAGAGUGAACCAUGUCUUACAUACUGUAGCUCACAGUCCCACACAUCCGCUACAUUGUGAUGUUAUUCUUUUGCUGUCGCCCCCCCCCCCCC